AUGGUCCGUGUUGCAUAUAAAGGGUUGACUGCUUCAUCUGAAAAGAUUAAUGACCUCCUUGAUGGUGAAAACGUAAGAAGAGUAUGUUCAAAGGAAAGUAAGGGAGAGAGACUGUGGCGAAAAUUAAAAUAUCAGCUUGUAGAAUACAAUUCAUUGCCAGCCUACUUAAAGGACAAUGAAUACAUAUUGGAUUAUUAUCGAGCAGAGUGGCCAUUGAAACAGAUCUUCCUUAGCAUUUUCGCAAUUCAUAAUGAGACACUUAAUGUCUGGACGCAUUUGAUAGGGUUCUUCCUUUUCCUCUUUCUUACCAUAUACACAGCUAGGAAAGCUCCGAUGGUUGUAGAUUUCAACUCCCUACAACAUUUGCCUGAAAUGAUAGGAAAAACAGAUUUUAAUAAGAUUCGUUUAGAGCUCUUGAAUUGCCUGCCUUCAAUGGCCAACAUGCCUCAUCUUCUUAAAUUUAAAAAUGAGUUGAAUGCAUCUCUUCAUUCUUUGGACUUCUCCUCAUUAUCAAGUUGGAAUGUUGUGGAACUUCUCUCCAAUUGCUUGUCCAAGCAAUUUUCCAUAGAAGUAACCACAAUCACAUUGUUACAGAAUGGUGUGAAAGAUGACAUGAUGGACGUUGUAUCCCCCUUAAUGGUGCAACCGAUUACAAGGUGGCCUUUUUAUGCCUUCUUAGGUGGGGCCAUGUUCUGCUUGCUAGCUAGCAGCACAUGCCACCUACUUGCUUGCCACUCACAGCGCCUUUCCUACAUUAUGCUCAGAAUUGACUAUGCUGGGAUUGCUGCGUUAAUUGCAACUUCAUUUUAUCCUACUGUAUAUUACUCAUUUAUGUGCAACCCCUUUUUUUGCUUCCUCUACUUGGGUUUCAUAACAUUAAUGGGGAUUGUUACUAUUUUCUUCUCUCUUCUACCAUUCUUCAAUAAGUCAGAGUUUCGCAAGUACCGUGCUUCCCUCUUCUUUUUAAUGGGAUUUUCAGGGUUGGCUCCCAUAAUACAUAAGCAGAUAUUGCACUGGCAUCACCCAGAGGCCUUGCAAACUACUGGUUAUGAGAUAUUAAUGGGACUUCUUUAUGGUUUGGGAGCUCUAAUCUAUGCCACAAGGAUACCAGAGAGGUGGAUGCCCGGCAAGUUUGAUAUUGCUGGCCACAGUCACCAACUUUUUCAUGUCUUGGUUGUGGCAGGGGCUUACACACACUAUCUUGAUGGCUUAGUCUACCUCAGAUGGAGAGAUUUGAAAGGUUGUUAG